ACUGCAAGUGCGUGUUCCAGUCGUUCUGGGCUAGCUUUCCUAUUCGUUCGUUGCAGCAGUCUCGUAGAUGCCGUAGUUGUGCAAACUACAUGGACAAUAACAGACACCUGGAAAAGCGGCUCUGCCGAGCACGAGAAGACAAGUGCACGAUACGUCAACGGGAAUCUGCCGGUAUAAAACCCUAUACCUAAAAGAACGGCUUCAUUUGAAACACCAAGGGUCGAAUUCCUAAAUAAUUUCUAAAACAGGAACUAAGUAACAACUAAGCCUUGCAGUGAGCCAUAAACAGCGAUCGGCGGGAAUGGCUUCAUCUCCUUGCGGUAGCAGUAACUUUGAUUGUGGGCUUGAAAUCAAAACUCGUUCGGUGGAACAAACACUUAUUCCUCUGGUCUCGCAGAUCACCACGCUGAUCAAUCACAAAGACAAGCCAAAGAAGUCGGAGAAGACUCUGUGCGCCAUCCAGAGAGUGGGCCAGGCGGUCAGCGCUGCCGUGGGCCGAUUCGUCUCCGUCGGAGAGGCCAUCGCCACGGAGAAUGAGGAGCUGAAGGAAGAGAUGGGCCUGGCCUGCUUGGAGGCACGGAGGGCAGGAAAUGCCAUUGCCCAGCUGACUGAAGUGAGUAGCCUGGAACAGCCGGAGUCGGACGGGCGCGGCACUGUGUUCAGCGACCGCACUGGCAUGGUGAGGGCGGCUCGCAUGCUCCUGUCCUCCGUCACCAAAGUCCUGGUGCUGGCGGACCGCAUCGUCAUCAAACAGAUCAUCACCUCGCGCAACAAGGUACUGCUGACCCUGGACCAGCUGGAGCGGGUAACCACCUUCCAGGAGUUUGUACAGAUUUUCAGCCAGUUUGGCAACGAGAUGGUGGAGUUUGCCCAUCUGACAGGAGAUCGACAGAAUGACCUGAAGGACGAGAAGAAGAAGGCGCGGAUGGCGGCGGCCCGGGCCGUGCUGGAGAAGUGCACAAUGAUGCUCCUCACGGCAUCCAAGACAUGCCUCAGACACCCCGACUGUGAGUCUGCGCGCAUCAACAAGGACGCCGUGUUCCACCGCAUGCGUUACGCCCUGGAGCAGGUUAUCGAGAUUGUGACGGAUUCCAGGCCCGCCGGGGAAGCCCAGUCGGUCCUGCCCGCCAGCCUCUAUACAGGGAUUAAAGACUUUAAGGGUAAGGUGGAGAGUCUGCGGGACUCUCUGUACCAUGUGCCUGUGGAGAGUUUAUCAGCACAGCUGGAGGCCCUGGUGGAGCAGAUGGAGGACUUCACUGACUCGGCCUACACCCAUCAUGAGCAGCGCGAGGGACUGCUGCAGCUCUGCAGCCUCGCCCGCCAGGACACACACGCCCUCAUCGCAGCCUGGACACAAGCGCAAUCUGCCAAAGCCAAAGAAGCACCAGAGGAAGUGGAGCUGGCCAUUCUGAAAACCUGUCAAAGUGUCGGCGAACUUCGGAAAGAGCUCCAGAAGAUAGCGGUAGGCCGGGCCACGGAGCUGCUGAAGCACCACUCGGAGCACCUGGCCCUGCAGGCCCUGAAGGCAGCGGGCGGCGAGGGCAACCUGGAGGCUGUGGCCGAGUACGCCCGCACCCUGUCCGAGCAGAAGGAGCAGCUGGUGGAGACAUGUCGGCUGUUGUGUCACGUGUCUGGCACGGAGCCGCUGGAGAUCACCUGCAUCCACGCAGAGGAGACCUUCCACGUCAUCGGCCCCCAGAUCGUCUCGGCUGCUCAGACCCUGGCCCUCCACCCCUCCAGCAAGAUAGCCAAAGAGAACCUGGACGUCUUCUGUGAGGCCUGGGAGUCCCAGCUGUGCGACAUGGCCCUCCUGCUCCGAGAGAUCAGUGACGUGUUUGACGGCCGCAGAGGUACCACUCACUCACCAUCUCUUACCUCGGAGAUUAGUGCCAGUUCAACAGGUGAUAAGAAAGCCUACUUGUCACUACCCAGACCUGGGAAACAUUCAACCAACCUAAAGACUGCAAAAGCUGGUAAACUUGAUUCUGAGGAGCAGAGCACUAUAGCCAAGCUUGGCCUGGAGCUCCGUCUGCUGACCUCGGACGUGGACUCCGAGGUGGAGCGAUGGGAGGACCAGGAACACGACAUCGCCCGUCAGAGCCAAAGCAUUUCUAGUAUGGCGUACUCCAUGUACCUCUUCACCAGAGGAGAAGGGCUGCUAAAGACGACACUGGACUUGUUCCACCAGGCAGAGAUGCUCUCUGAGCAGGGACUCCAGUUGUGUUCGCACCUGCACACAUUCUCUACACAGCUGCUGGAUGAGGAGAAAGGCGUGAUCCUGUCUGAGACGGAGAAGCUUGCAGCCUCGUGUCAACAGCUCCAGAUGGGGGCGAAGACUCCUGUCCAGGGGAAGAGCGCCACCUUUCAGAAGGUGGAAUCAUCGAUACAAAACACCAAAGGCGUUAUGACUGUGGUGGUCUUCCUUUUGCCAGUCUGUAAUAAGCUCUUAAGAAAGUCCAAGUCAGAGAGGAGCAGCCUAGAAUCACCACAGAACUGGAGAGACAAGCAGCUGCCAACGGCGGUCAGGGAGGACGCAGUCAACGGCAAGAGCAGCAACGGCUUCGGGGUGAAGUCCCUGGAGCAGCACAUGGCCAGCCUCACCUUCCUGGAGAGCAAAUAGCCCCUGUGAAACACCCCACCCCAGCCCACGACACACACACACACACCCCGCUCCACUCUAAGAUGCCACACCCCUGACGAGUCCUUUUCACAAGACCUUCUGGAGCAACUGUCUUACUGGGCAGACAGGAAGAAAAUGCAUACACACACACGCACACACAAACGCACACACACACACACAAACACACUCGCACACGCACACACACCAGAUUGCAGUGCACUUGCUCACGGCGUGCCUCCUGCUGUAGUGACAUUAAUUUGCUUUGUGGUGCGCAGAACUUCAUGACCUGUUUGCCUCAUUUUACAAACACACACACACACACACACACAGAAAACAUCAUUCAGUCUGUGCAUGUCUUUCUGUAAAAGCAAGCCUCUUGUUUACUGUCGUCAUGCAAAAAGAAAAAAAGGUGUACUUUCAACCUCAUAGGUGUGACUGUGCUUCUCAUCAUGACAACUUUGCUGAAAAAAAAUGUUAUCCUCAGAUCCCUGUGCUGCAAUGCAAAUGAGAGCGGCCUUCGAGACAUUUUAGACACACACUAAUUUAUCUGCCUCACUGUUGCCAAAUAUGUAUAUUAAAUUGGUCAAUCAUCAGUAGGUGCACUUGGCUUACUAAUAGUCUAUAAUAUUAACUCCCCGUGCUUCCCAACAGCUAAAUGGGGAAUGAUUUUGAAUAAUUGCCUUUUAAAUGUCUGGUCAUCAGAGUACGAUUAAAAAAAAUAUAUAUUUUCGAAAAAAAAAAAAAAAAAAAGAAUAAUAAUUCUGAAGAAUGUGUAUCUUUGCCACAACAGUACGGUGACCGUGUUUCAUUGCAGGGACACCAGUCCCUUUUAAAUGUACUCGUUAUAUGGAUUCCCAGUACGGACUGCCAUGUAGACCACUGUGAUGCAUAUUGUUGUUGUACUUGAAACAUAAAAAGAUGUCUAUGGAAAUGAUGUUUGUUACUUUAAAAGAAUAUUCAAAAAAGGUUAGAAUGAAGACAGGAAAAAAAGCUUUAGAGUUGAUAAUGUGUGCAGCUAUGAAACUGAGUAAACCUCUCAGAUGAAAAGUGCUAGUUUUGGACCAUCAAUCCUUUUGACAGUUUGAAUGAUUGCUAAGCCAACAGAAGAAAAAAAAUCGAAAUAUAUACCUUAUUUUUCUUAAAGUAUGGAUGAUUGUCAUUUAUUUAUGUAUUCUCACCAACAAAAAAUAAAUAUUCUGCUGUACAAUGUUGCCUGUCUUGGAUGAGCCGAGAAUGAAUAUGUAAGUCUGAACGUAACAACCAUUUUGAGUAAGCACAAGCUUUUAUCUUUUUUGAUGACCUCCAUCGCACACUUUAAAGAACUCGUAAAGAAAAAAAGGUCUGGACAAGCAACAUCUUCUCAUUAAAUACAUUUGACAAGUAUCCAUGUAAAAUUGACAAGCUUUUAAUUUGAUCAACCAAAAAAAAAAAGAAAUAA